AUGAACACUUCUGACCAACUUGCCUGGCUCCAGAUAUGGCAAUUAUUGAGACAUAUGGAGGAUCUAGAGCAUGCUGCAGAAAUGCUUAAAAUAGCAAGAUGUCAAAAUAGAGAACAAUUCAUUUGCAGGUUCGAACAUCAAUUAUUAAGGAAGGACUAUAACCCUGGAGAGCUGGUUCUUGUUCAGAACAGCAGACUAGAAAUGACAGUAAACCAUUUCAAAACCCAUCCAAGAUAUCUGGGCCCUUAUGAAGUAGAACACAAAAUGCUAGGUGGGAGUUACAAGCUGAAGGAACUAGAUGUGACACCAUUACAGAAAAAUGUUGCAGCCUUUUGGUUAUACUCCUACAUUAGCUGA